CUGAUCCCCAGAUUUUGGAACCCUAGUUUAACCUGUCGCCAGAGCCCUAAUCCCGCCGCUCAUAUUUUCUUUUUUUUUACGGACAAUAAAAUUUCAUUUUUUUUUUCAAUAUAGCUAUAAUCAAACUCUGAUUAAGUUCUUCGACGACUCUAUUCAUAAUAAAAAAAAAUAUAAUUGUGAUUUGUCAGAGAAAAAAAAUCUCUUGUUUAUUAGAUGAAAAACCAAAUCUUAGAAGAUCACAUACGUUCUCCUUUAUAACACCAACAGAAUAUUAAUCAUAAUCUAACGAGACUAAUGAAAACUAACAAUAAUCUUUAGCCUCUUAGGUUGAAACAUAUACGUACAUAUACCUAUUCAACUUAAGACUUAUCCUUAUUUAAAUAAAUUAAGAAGAAUUAAAAAGAAAACUAAAAACCAGAUAGAAAUCGAACUUGUUAAUAAAUGUGUUACACUUACCAGUAGAUAGUUUAAGAGAGAACUGAGAAAGUCCAGAGAAACCCUAACCAGAAAGUACCAACCUCAAUUAUACUCUAUAGUCUCUCAGUCUCUUAAUCUCUCUCUCUGUCUCAAUGUAAACAUGCUAAACAUUUCCUAUUUAUCCACGUGUAUAUAUACCUUUUUGCUUCGAUAGAAUAUUUGUCAUACUUGAAUCAACUCUCUCUUCUUUCCCUUCAUCCGAUUCUCAGCUUUUUCCCAGUGAAUUAUAAGCCAACAUUCUUUAAAUUCCUUUAAUUUAAAUGGUUAGCUGUCAAAUAAAUAAAAAUUGAAAUAAUUCAUCGUAUUACUUUCAGAGAAACAAAUAUAAUUUAUAAAUAAUUUUGACCGUAAUUUAAAUUGCGAUGAGCUGUAAUUUAGAAUUUAAUCCCUUUUAAAAAGAUUUUGUUUUUAAAAGGUAAGAAAUCGACAGAAGAAGCCACUGAGAAACACGUAGACUCUGGUGAUAAGCUUCUUCCAUUCGCUAGUGAUAAAAUCAAGAAACAUAAACAUAAACUAUGUAACCGAAGAAAAAUAAACGAAGACGAUCAUUACAUGCGUGAGUUUUACCUUCCGUUUUUUUCAGUUAAGGUCAAGGUGAUGCAUCAUUUUCAUCGGUUGUAAAGUUUCGCUCCUGGUGCUUCUGAUUGUGCAUUUUUUGACUUCUAGUGGAGCAAUGGAAAAUUACAGGAGGGACAUUAUCAGCCAGCUGCCAGAUGAUCUGCUCUUAAGGAUACUGUCGUCACUUUCUCUUAAGGAAGUGAUGGCAACGAGUUUCUUGUCCCAACGGUGGCGGUCUUUAUGGAAGUUGGGGUCUAAACUCAAGAUUGGUGAUAAAGACUUCGACGACUUUCUUCUCAAAUGGGUUUCCAGAUCUUUGGCUAUUAGUAACCCUCAGAUUCUAAAGAGCUUGGAUUUGAAGCUUAUCCCAGGUAAUGAAUGUGACAGAAAUAGUAACUCUUUUCAUAGGUUCUCCUCUUUGGUUGAAACCGCAGUUUCUUGCGGUUUGAGAGAGUUGAGAAUCGAGUUUCUUUACACAUCCCUAGAACUGCCGAGUAUCUUCUAUGCAUGUGGGACCCUCGAAACAUUGAUACUCUGCAGGCUACAUCUCGUGGAUGUUCCGCCUAAUGGUUCCUUGUCGUCUCUCAAAACUCUUCGCCUUUUAUCCGUCAAGUUCUCACGCGACGAAUCUGUUCAGAAGCUUCUAAGCAUUUGUCCAGUUCUUGAAGAGUUGGUUGUAAGACGAUCCGGAUAUUCCAAUGUGGAGAUCUUCACUAUCAACGUGCCUAGUUUGACGAGUUUAUCGAUUGAUUAUAUACGUGUGGGAUCUCAUCAACCCACGGGUGUUCAUGGAUUUGUCAUAAAUGCUCCUUCCUUAAGGUACCUGAACAUUAGAGACCGUCACAGUAACUAUUUGCUGUUCACAAAUAUGCCGGAGCUGGUCAAGGCGAAUGUUGAGGCUGUUUGUGAUCAAUCCGAGAGUCUAAUAGGAUCUCUUGCCUCAGUCCGUUAUCUCUCUUUGUGUUCAAAAUCUUCAAACAUUCCAUACCAUGCAGGCACUUCCUUUGCCUUUCUUGAACAUCUAGAGCUGUGUACUUGUUCUUCGGAGUGUUGCAAUCUACUUUCCCGCAUAAUCACAGACCCCCUAACACUUCGAGUUCUCAAGCUUAAGUCGGUAUGUAGUAUUCAGUUUCCUUAAUAUGUGUGUGUGUUUUGCUUUCUUCUAGCGCUAACACCUACUUUGUGCAUCUCAGAUACAUCGCGCCCAUUAAUGGUUCGUUGGAACAAGCAGACUUUUGUUCCUGAAUGUUUGUUAUCGCAUCUCAAGAAUUUGGAAUGUAAACAUUCAGAGGCUCAAAGCUAAACAAGUGGCCAAGUAUAUCUUAGCAAACGCUGGUCAUCUGAAAUUAUCUUGUCAACAUUUUUUCGACCUUUUUUUAAUUGAAUGUAAAAUUGAUUCGAACAAGAAACUCAUUUCUAUAUUAAGUUCAACAUGUCACUGAAUUUGGAGUAUUUCUUUUGGAAUUUACAAAAGGUGUUAAAUUUGUGAUAGUCAGCUACUCGAAGUGAACCGCGCUUAUUUGACUA